AGACAUUAUAAACAUACCAAACACAACAGGACAAAUCUGAAAUCAUUCAAUAAGGAAAAAUUCUCAGAAAACUAACAGUCUUGCACACUUUCGGAGUUUAGCUUCUUAAUAGCAACAAUCAUCCCGGAGCCGAAUUGAGACACUGCAAGUGUCUUCUCAUCAAACCCGUCCCUUAAAUAAAUACAGUCCCAAAACCACCAAACUCCAAUCAUGCGAUUUACAAGGUAUCCAGGCCAUACCCUCCAACUAUUAGCAUUCAACAAUCAUCAAUCAACUCCCUUUUUUUCCCUUUAUACUCUCGUCCAACGCUUCAAUUCUGAUUUUUUUUUUUUUAUUGCAGGAGUUAAUUUUGACUCUUAGGGUUUUUCGAUCGUGUUGGAAGGCAUCAAGUGCGAAACGAUGUCGUUGUUUCCGGAGAAAACCAACGAUUUUCGGUUGACGGACUCCGAUGAAGGACAGCGGUGGCAAGAGGAUCAACAACUGAAAGGACCUCCCCGAGCUUGGCCCCUCAGCCUGUUCGAGCAAUGUAGGAUUGAACUGAGCCAUUUACCUGACAUACAUUGCCUUGAAAGUGAAAGCACGGUGUUGGUUGAUAGACUUGGACAAGUUCCUGCCCAUUCCUAUCUUCAGUUAUUACUUUCUGGAGAUCCUAUAGAGAAGUUGGAAGCUCUCUGGGCUCUCGCAAUCGUUACAUCUGGGACGUCUGAGCAAAUUGAAGGGGUGAUUGAUGGAAAUGUUGUGUCUAUUUUAGUAGGUCUCCUGUAUAACCCAAGCGAUUAUUUUCGUCUGCUGGCUGUUUUGGCUUUGGGAAACAUGGCUGGUGACUCUCCUGCAUAUCGUGAUCUUGUUCUGAGUGAAGGAGCUCUGGCUCCAUUGCUGGCACUAUUGAAUGAGCAUGCAACAGUUUUGUUUCUGAGAGUGGCAGCGGUGAUCUUCUUGAAUACGAGGAUCCCAGGAUCGAUAUCGGUUGUCUAGAGGCUCUUACAAAGUUGUGUGAGGUCGAUGAAGAUGAAUUAGCCCCGACUUCCUUUGCCAAAUUGAUUGAUCAAGCUGGGGGAUUGGAUAAAAUCAAGGCCUUGCAGUCCCAUGAGAACCCUGAAAUCCGUGAAAAAGCAUCGAAAGCAUGGGAGCCCUUGUACAGUCAGACACAACGUCUAUGGACAUUUCUUCAAAGGAUCAGGGGAUCUUUUAUGUAUAGCAGGGAGUAGUUUGGUCCUAACUUUUCAGCAGUAUUGUGGCUUGGUCCUGGUACUUUACUUCAAUUAGUCGUUUUCAGGUUUCGGGAGUGGACUUGCUGUUUGUUUCUGUUUUGAAAACAUUGUGUAUAUUACAGUAAAUCAUGAGCUAAAUAUAGAACUUGAGUACAAAGUUACAGUCCUAACUUUACGGUUACUAGACCGUGAUUACAUAAUUAUAGUAACUCCGUAACAACUCAAUCUUGUAUUAGUUCCUAAUUCCAUGAAGUUUGUUUCCCGAAAAGAAGAACACUGAAAAAAA